GCAGAAUAUCUUGUUGACGUGGAUCCUAUUGGAUCUAGCAUGGCGCGAUAGAUUCUCGGCUUUCAAUCGCUGAAUAGUUUCACAUAUCAUGUCUAAAGCCGUGGUGAAGACGACCUUCGAGGCGUCUCGCACACUUCGUCCUAUCUACACCGGAGGAAGCACUGCGCUCGAUGCCAGUGGCCGUUUCCUGGUGACAUGCAUCAGUGAAGAUGCUCUCGUCAUUGACCUGGAGACUGGAGACCAGGUCGCUAGUCUGGAAGGCGAUGGCGAAAUUAUCACAAGCUUAGCUAUCUCCCCAUCGGCCUCACAUGUUGUUAUGUGCUCGCGGUCCAUGUCCAUGCGAAUCUACUCUCUGUCACCUCUCGACGAAUCCACACGUACGAUUGACGCGAAAUUAGCCAGAAGUCUCAAACCUCACACAGCACCUGUUGUGACGACUGCAAUCGAUCCUACUGGUACCUUACUGGCGACUGGCGCCGCAGAUGGCUCGAUUAAGGUCUGGGAUAUUCGGGGCGGUUUUAUCACACAUACCUUCCAUGGCCAUGGAGGUGUCAUCUCAGCCCUGUGCUUCUUCCAGGCGCCAGACUUUCCGAACAAAUCGUCCUCGAGUAAGAGGAAGAACAAGAAUCAAUCAAACGACUCAGAUGACGACGAGACCGCAGAGGAUUCAACGGGAGUUUUCCGGCUUGCCUCCGGAGAUGAGGAGGGUAAGGUUUGCGUGUGGGAUUUGAACAAGAGGAAGCCUAUCGCGUCGCUCGAGUCUCAUGUUUCGGUUGUGCGCAGCCUCUCAUAUUCGCCAUCGGAGAAUGCCUUGCUUUCGGCUAGCCGUGAUAAGACUGUGAUUGUGUGGGACAUGCGGACUUUCAAGACGCGGAGGAUCAUUCCGGUCCUCGAAAGUGUGGAGGCCUCCUGCUUUGUCGCCGAUAGUGGUUUGUGUCUGGUUGCGGGUGAAAAUGGUCGCUUGCGUGUGUGGGACUGCAAUCGUGGAGGCGAGGUCACUGCGGAACAAGAACCUGCCUCUGAAUAUGAGGCCGUUGUGGCGAUUCAAUAUUCUCCUGGCAUGACAUCUGCAUUGACAGUUCAUGCUGACCAGACCAUCCGGUUUUACUCUCUGGAGCCCUUGUCCAACUACAAUCCAGGGACCACAAUCGAUCCUUUGCCGAUCAUCCGGCGCAUCUCGGGCAACGACGACGAUAUUAUUGAUCUCGCAUAUGUCGGCCCUGACCGUUCGAUGCUGGCACUGGCUACAAACACCGAAAGCAUCCGCAUCGUAUCAGUUGGGCCAUCCGAAGACAGGCCGUCUGCCAAUAAUGAAGGAUACUUUGGUGCUGAUAUCACACAUCUCGAGGGCCAUGACGACAUUAUCAUCUGUCUUGAUGUAGACUGGUCUGGUCACUGGCUGGUCACUGGUGCAAAGGAUAACACCGCACGUCUCUGGCGUCUCGACCCCAAGUCUUCGUCAUAUACGUGCUUUGCAGUCUUCACCGGUCAUGCCGAAUCAUUGGGUGCUAUUAGUUUCCCCCGAGUCCCACCUCCCGCCAACACCCCUGCCUACAAUGAUCCUCUGAACCAUCCUCCUGCUUUCUUGCUUACGGGUUCUCAAGACCGGACCAUCAAGCGCUGGGAUAUCGGCAAAUUGCCUCCGCUGAGCUCUUCCAAGCCCCAUCAUCCCAAGGCCGUGUAUACCCGGAAAGCACACGAAAAAGAUAUCAAUGCUUUGGAUGUCAACCCCUCCGCGACGCUGUUCGCAUCUGCCUCCCAGGAUCGUACUGUUAAGAUCUGGUCGACCGAGGAUGGCACCACGGUGGGUAUCCUGCGCGGACACAAGCGAGGUGUCUGGUCGGCGCGGUUUGCCCCUCGCGGCACUCCUAUCCUCAACUCCGACAGCGGCACUAGCACCAACAGAGGCUUGAUCGCCACAGGCUCGGGUGACAAAACCAUCAAGAUCUGGAGUCUGGCAGACUACAGUUGUCUCCUCACCUUCGAAGGCCACACGAAUAGUGUGCUUAAGGUAAUCUGGCUCCCGCCUUCGGAUCUGUCCCACCAGGAAGAAAACGAGGACGAGGAAGAAGAAUCUGCGCUGGCACCCAACACGGCCGCCGCACAACUGCGACCUUUGGUGGCCUCGGCUGCGGCCGAUGGCUUGGUUAAGAUCUGGUCCCCUUACUCAGGCGAGCUUGAGACUACUCUGGACAACCACGAGGAUCGCGUCUGGGCGCUUGCCAGCCCGACUCCCUCCGGCUCCCGCGAAGAUGUUCCGUCCCCUACCACAUUCAGAACCUCCUCUCCCUAUGGUCUUGUCUCCGGCUCUGCCGACUCCACGGUCACAUUCUGGACCGAUACCACUUCUGCCACUUACACGGCCGCCGUGAAUGCCAACUCGGCUCGUAUCGAACAGGAUCAGCAGCUACAGAACUACAUCCGGGCCGGUGCUUAUCGCGAAGCCAUCACAUUGGCGCUUCAGCUGAACCACCCUGGUCGUCUCCUCUCCCUCUUCACUUCCGCCAUCGACGCUGCCGAUGACCCGAACUCAGACGAGGCAAAGGAUCUCCAGAAUGAGAACAGCCUCACUGGCAACGCCUCCAUUGACGAGGUCCUCCAAACCCUUGACCCCGACAACCUCCGCACCCUUCUUCUCCGCGUCCGUGAUUGGAACACGAAUGCACGCACAUCUAGAGUGGCGCAACGGAUUCUGUUCGCUCUUUUCCGGUCCUACCCUGCCUCAACAUUCGUUGAGCUUGCAUCAGCCAAGGCAAAGCGACGCAGCGAUAGCCGCGCUAGUGCAGGGUUGAAGGAAAUCCUGCAGGCUCUGGCUGCCUACACGGACCGCCACUACCGGCGGAUUGAGGAGCUCACCGACGAGAGCUAUCUCGUGGAGUGGGUGCUAGCAGAGAUGGAUGGCGGCGUGGGAUUGGGUGGAUUGGGCGCCGCGAGUACGUACGACUUCUUCGCCGGCUCCUUGGAGGAGAAUUCCAACGAGUCCGAGAAGGAUGUUGUCAUGCUGGGGUCGUGAAAACACAGGGUCACGGAUCCCCCGGUCAUGAAUGAGAAACAUGUAUAGAUAGACAAAAGAUAAUCUGCUUUUGGAAUUAUUGUGAUACACUGGCGCUAUGAGCGGAGUCCUUGCUGUCUUGCUCAAUGAUCUUUCUUGGGAGGG